AUGGGCAGCAUCAGCAACAGUGACCCCAUCUUCACGCCCGAGAUGGCUGCCAAACGGCAAGCCGCGGAGGAAAAGGCCUCUCGUGACUUUCGCUCCGAUGUCAUGACCGUUCCUACGACGGCUAUGAUGCAGGCCAUUUUCAACGCCACCUUUGUCGACGACAUCUACGACCCAGUCGGCGACCCUACGGUCAAGGCUCUCGAGGCCCGGGUCAUGGAGCUCACUGGCAAGGAGGCUGCGCUUUGGGUCAUGUCCGGCACGCAGGGCAAUCAGAUCUGUCUGAGGACACAUCUCACCCAACCUCCCCACUCUGUGUUGCUGGACCAUCGGGCGCAUGUGCAGUGCUGGGAGUCGGGGGCGUUGCCAGUCUUCUCCCAGGCGUCUGUGUCGGCGGUGCACCCCAAGAAUGGCGUGCAUCUGACACUAGAAGAUGUCAAGGCGAAUAUGAUUGCCGAUGACAACAUCCACUUCCCGCCCACCCGAGUUGUGGCCCUUGAGAACACGCUGAGCGGCACGUAUCUCCCGUUGGCAGACGCACAAGCCAUCUCCGAGUAUGUGCGAAGCUACCCAGUAGCGGAAGGGACGCCGCCCAUUGCCAUGCAUCUCGAUGCUGCUCGUGUGUUUGAUGGCGUGGCUGGAGAAGGCGUGUCGCUGAAAGACUACGCAGCCUGCUUUGAUAGUCUCUCCAUCUGCCUGGCCAAAGGACUUGGUGCACCCAUGGGCAGCAUCAUCUGCGGGUCGAAAAAGUUCAUUGCGCGUGCCAAGUGGUACAGGAAGAUGUUUGGUGGUGGCACCCGCCAGCCAGGAAUGAUGGCGGCAGCCGCACUCCAGUCCUUGAACUAUACCAUUCCCAGGCUUCCAGCUGUGCACGCCAUGACAAGACGCGUUGGCGAACAGCUGGCGAGCCUCGGAUACAAGUUUGCUCUGCCUGUGCAGACGAACAUGGUAGUCCUGGAUCUGGAGGCUGUCGACAUUCCAGGGGCGGCCUUUGUGGAGUAUUGCGCCAAGAACAAUGUCACAACGUUCUCGAACGGACGGCUGGUGUUCCAUCACCAGACUUCACAGGAUGCUGCCGACAGCUUGGUCGAUGCCAUGACACGGCUGAUGGAGGACAAGAAGAAGGGUGUGAAGCUGGUAGAUGAGGCCACAGAGAGCGGUUGCUCGUAG